CGUUCGUAUCUCCCUUGUACUCUCAGAAGCCAGUAAAUACAACAACAGUACCCAAAUAUUACACACUUCCAAAAUCGAAAAAUUUACAGAAUGAAGAAUAAAAAAUGGAAAAAAAAAAAUAAAAGAGAGGAGGAUGUGGAGAAGAAGAAGAAGAUGGGUUUAGUGGAAAUCAUGUUGACCCAACAAUACAAACAGUAUCUGCUUCGACGUCACCUCUCACCUUAUUCCCUUCGAUUCCUCAUUUUCACUUUUCUCUAUAUCUCUCUCUCUCUCUUUGCUUCCUCCAUCCUCCUCAUACACAGUUCUUCUCUGUUCCUCUCCCUCUUAUUCUCUAAUCUGGUUUGAAUAUAUUUUCGUCAAUUACAUCUGGGUUUUGGUCCUAGUGGAGGAAUCUGUGAAUCGUCGUCUUGGGUUUUCUCAAUUUAAGAAGAAAGCUUCAUACUUUAGGGUUUUGAAUUGCUUAGUUGUAGUUGAAGGAAGCAGAACCUGAUUAGAUAUAUAUAGUGUUCUAACACUUUGUUGAUGGAUUCUUGGAGCUACGGGAGAAGUAUGUUCUUGGGGAAUGGAACUCUUUUACCUUCUGAUUCUUUUGCUGAGAAUAGAAAUUUUGGACAGAGUCUCUCUAAUGGAUUGGAGAAUGAUGAUGAUCAUCAUCAUGUGUUGAUUUCUGACUUGGCUGGUGAUUCCAAUGGAUUUAGUGCUGUUUCCAUUAGCAAAGUGGUUCCUUCCAAUUUGUUGCACGUGGAGGUGGAGGAAGAGGAAGAGGAGGAGAAACAAUCUUCUUCGUCUUCAAAGUUCUCUAGUCAGGAAUUGUCUAGGAUAGAUUUCAAACUUAGGAGCUUUUUGGAUUUACGAAACGAUGUUGAUACCUCCUCUAGUGGUUUUGCUCUGCCAGCUAAAAAGCCUCGAGCUUCAAACCUGUGCUCUCAGAAGCCCUUGUGUCAAGUCUAUGGUUGUAAUUUGGAUCUGAGCUCUUCGAAAGAUUACCACAAAAGGCAUAGAGUUUGCGACACUCAUUCUAAAACUUCUGUGGUCAUAGUUAAUGGUCUUGAACAGAGGUUUUGUCAGCAGUGCAGCAGGUUUCAUUUCCUCUCAGAGUUUGAUGAUGGCAAAAGAAGUUGCAGAAGGCGAUUAGCCGGUCACAAUGAGCGACGAAGGAAACCUGCAUUCUAUUAUUUACCCGGGAAGCGCCAUAAGCUUCUUCGUACCUCUCAAGGUGUGGUAGGCAACAAGUUUCUGGAGAAUUCAUCAGUCAGUGACUUCUCGUUGGUCUUGCCAGAAGAGUUUCCCGGUACUUUCUUAUACAGAGUAAUGGAUGAGCAUGACCACCGUGCUAGUAGUAGACUUGUGAGUUUCAAAGAUGAACCUACAUGCUCCAUGUUUCCUGCCGUUGGGCAAAACAGCAGCAGGGUUUAUGAAUCUAAACCAGCGGUUUAUUCUCCGGAAGUAUCCUCUAUUUGGGACUUACAUGAGUCGGCGUCACGCUCUACUUGUGCUCUCUCUCUUCUGUCAGCUCAGUCCCAACAACAACACAUCCCUGAAACUCCAAACACAACUUUCUCAAUCACCCAACCAAAUCACUCACCAGUAGACUUUAAUCAGAUGGAACGGUUAUGGAUCGAUCCUGGCAAGACCAAUCCUGCUGGAUCUAGUUCAUGUACCGUAAAAAGAUCAUCCACGGUUGAUCUACUACAACUGUCAUCACAUCUGCAAAGAAUCGAACAACAGAGGAACUUUAGUGAUGAUGUGAAGCAAGAAUAUAAUGAACUUUAUUUCACUGGCUCCUAACAAAAAGGUUGCAAACAUUCUUAUUCCUUUGAAACCGGUUCGAGUUUCUUGAAACAGUUCUUGACAAGGACAAGUCUUGCAUGGUUUGAUUAGUUUGUGAAUUUGGUGAGAUAAAUUAGGAUUAGAUGAAUGAAGAUCAGAUCAUGUUACAAGUGUUAUUGUAAUUUGUAACUGUUCUUGUUUAUUAUUAUUCACCAGUCCAUAAUGUUCUGAAGAAACAUAGAUUCAGAUAUCUAUGCCUUCUUCUUUUUUCACACAGUGUUUCAGUCUUUUUAUUUGUUCAGACAAUUUUGAAUAUAUAAUCUGUAAUGAAUAUUCGCUGAGAAAAAGUGAGCUUUCA